AUGCCCGGGCAGAGUCCAGUGGGGAAGCCUCUGUUUCUGUUGGCCGUGGCAGCGCUGGCCCUGUCCAGCACAUCGGUGGCCUCCCCCGGCAAUGACAGCAGCGGCGAGGCGGCGGUGCACACGCUGACGGCGGAGCCGGUGGCGGGGAGCCAGGAGGAUUUGUUGAAGUGGGCCCUGGCCCACAGCGACCCAGACGAGCUGCGCCGUGCGGCGGCAGAGGCGCGGCGCGGCGCCGAGGAGGGGAGCCCCGACUUUCUGGAGCGCCAGCGCCGCGAGGCUGUAGCCAUGCUCAGCAACUCCUCAGCCACCCACCAGCAGCUGGGCAAUGCGCUGGAGGCUCUGCGCCUCCUGGUGGAGCCCAUCGACGCAGCCAACAACCUUCACGGCAUGGGCGGCCUGGCGCCGGUGGUGGCGCUGCUGUCGUCGGCGCAGCCCGCGGCCCUGCAGGCGCGUGCAGCACACCUGCUGGGCACGGCCGCCUCCAACAACCACGAGUUCCACGCCCAGCUGCUGCAGGCGCACCCAGAGGUGCUCACACUGCUCCUCCGCCUGCUGGCGGCCGGCAGCGCCAGCGCUGGCAGCGCCGGCGCCGCCGGCCAGCAGGCGGCAGAGGCGGCGGAGGCGGGCGCCAAGGCCCUGUACUGCCUGAGCGCCAUCCUGCGGCUCAGCGGCGCAGCCCGCGGCGCCUUCUACCGGGCCGCGGGCGUGCGGGCGCUGCAGCAGCUGCUGGGCAGCCGGGGCGCAGGCGUGCGGCUGAAGCGCAAGGCACUGGGGCUGCUCACAGACCUGGUGCAGCUGGAUGCGGGGGACGUGGGCGCUGUGGCAGGCGGCGGCGGCGGCGCCGACGCGCCUGCCACCGCGGGAGCCCAGCAGCAGGCGCGGCCCGCCGCGGGCCUGGACUACCCAGCGGCAGUUUCGGCGGCGCUGCAGCUGCUGGAUGCGGGGCGGGAGGAUGCGGAUGCGGCCCCGGAUUUCGACAUGCAGGAGAAAGCGCUGCUGGCCUUGAUGGCGCUGCUCGACACCCAGGGUGGUUCGGCGGCGGCGGCGGCGUUUACCCAGUCGGGCGGCGACGCCGUGCUGGUGCGCCUGCAGUCCGGCCUGCGAGCGGCGGCGGCGGCGGCGGACGAGGAUGGCGGCGAUUUUUUGCUGGAGGUGGUGCAGCUGGCUGCCCGGGUGCGGGCGCGGGCGGCGGCGGCGGCGGCAGGCGGGGGCCACGACGCUACCGAGCUCUGA